UCGCAAUCAAGUUAUUUUCAUUCCUCUCUAAUCUCUGAUGUCCUUAUUCUUUACAUUCUAUUUCGUCGAAAUGAUGACGAAUACUUAACCACUUUUCUCUGUCAGAUCCUCUUCUAUCAAUUGCACGAUAAUUCAAUUCGAAUUACAUUUAGUUUUCCUUGUUUCUUUUUUUCCUUUUUCUUUGUCAAGCGUAUUUGAAUUACUUUGAAUGUUAUCUGAAUUUUGCAGUCUAAAACAGACGGUGAAUCGUUGCAACAAAUUUGAAAAGUCCAGGAACUUCGAGGUGGCUUGUCCAAAUGUAAAGUUGGUUACGUUGAAGACACUGAAAAAUAUAACGUACGAGUCUUACAGGAAGCUCGAGUCACGGUUGUACCGAUGCGUCUCAAGUCCGUCGUUACACCGCCAGCGAUUCGGUUUCCUUCUCCCUCUAGCGGCGCAAACGUCUCUCCUUGAGAGUCUCGCUUGCUCCUUUGUUUCCCAAUACUCUCUAACACUUUCCAGCGAGUCGCACAGGCGACUUCAUUGCGCGCCGUUCGCUCGUGACCGUUCGAGCAACAAGGCUGUGUUGUCUUUUGUCUCUUAUUUACAAAGUUACUGACUGCAUACAAUUAACAUUAUCGGGCAAAUUGAUCGUGCAACAGUUCCGAAAAUAGUUCCAGAACGAGGUGCUUCCUUCAUAUUUUUCGCGAAAAUCACGCCGGAACUUCGUGUGACAGUGGACAAGAAGAAGCAAAGCAAGGAAUAAAUCGUGCGAUCCGUCGUUAAAGUGUUUUGAAACAACAUUUGAAAAUAACAUUUUACAUCUCGUGGCAAGGCGGAAAAAAGGAUACGCAACAAGAUGUCUGAAUAUUGCGAGUACAUGUGGGACUCGACAAGGCGGCCCAGGAGUACCUCACUUGCACGCAGUAUUUACGAGGAGGGGGGCAAAUUGGACAAACGUGACAAGAAACUGGCCAUUAAUACCGUUCGAGCGAUACUGCGAGGAAUGCCGGCUGUAGACUUGAAGCACUGCACGGACGAAUAUAUUACGCGUUUCCUGCUGGCCCGGAAAUAUCGCACGGAGCAAGCUGCCGCACUGAUAGUCGCUUAUCAGGCGCAAGUAGCACAUCGACAGGAUAUCUUCGGCAAUCUAACAGCGAGAGAUCCAGCCUUGCAGCGCGCGCUACGCGCCGGAAUACCGGGUGUACUUCCUGCGCGCGACAGAAAAGGAAGAUGCGUGCUCGUCAUUUUAGCUUCGCAAUGGGAUCCAAUAGCUGUUCCAGCAUUGUCAGUUCAACGAGCCUUAUUUUUAGUACUGGAAAUUCUCAUACAAGACCCAAGGAAUCAGCAAUCCGGUUUCGUGGCAGUGGUGGAUUGGAGCGGAUUCUCUUUACGACAAGGCGGUGCCUUGGGGGCAACGGCACUGCGAAACCUAAUAGCUGCUCUCCGAGGACGAUUUCCGGCUAGAUUUAAAGCUAUACACUUCCUGUCGGCGCCGCUUUAUGUUCAGGCCACGUUGGCCCUUGUGAAACCUUUUUUGGACGAAAAGACUCGAAACAAGAUUUACUUACAUGGGAAUAACUUGAGCACUCUGCACGAACACUUACCCACUGACAUUUUGCCAGCGGAACUAGGUGGCACGGGGCCAGCUUUUAACCCAGGACUAUGGGCCGAACCAGUUAUUCAUUCAGCGAUGAAGGAAGCUGAACUGGCUGCGAUAAAAAAGGAGAAGGAGCAAGCUGAGAACGUGGACCAGUCUUGCGACAAGAAGUUCGAAUUCAAAGGCACGGAGAAUCACAAGAGAAACGAGGGGACAGACCCCGUGAAGUCGGGCAACGGCGUGAACAAAGAAAACGGAAGGCGAUUUUUCAAUCCUUUCGGUAAUUCUACGAGAAAUCAGCCCUCAAAGAAACCUGGAGGAACGAACGUGGAACUAGAUCUAAUUAAUCAUACUAAUGGACAUGCAGAAAGGAAAGAAGAUAGAAGAGAUGAUAGAAGAAUGAUGAAUGAAGAGAGAGAUGAAGACUCUUGUUGCAGAAGUAGAGACAAAAGGUUGAAUAAUGGCAACACUGAUUAUUUUGAUAAUAAAAACGAACAAUACAAAGACUCGCACGACAAUUUAUUAGAAUCUCAGACAAAAAGACACUCAAACGAGUAUGAAAUCUCAAAUAGGCCAGACAGCGACGACAGUAAAGAUAAUUCGUUAGAUAACAAGUCAGAAAAUGCGCUAAUUGAUACAAGGAAGAUCGAAACUCCCUCAGAAGAAACAAAUCUCAUAACGUAAUAUUAGUCUUGUUAACUUUUUAGGUUAAAACAAAUUAACGCGGCUCUUCUGUGAGAAAUCUUUGACUUUUUAAAUAUAAUUAAAUCAAACAUCGUCGCUAGGUUUACGAUCAGUGAAAUAUAGUAGGUAGAAUCCGUGUAUUCUUUGUGGAUUUUAAGAGAUAUAUUGUGAUACGAUAUAUGUCAUUAUUUAAGUAUUUAAAUAUUAACGAGGCUUUUGUUUUUUCUUAUGUAGGUUUUGUUUCAACUAGAUUAUUUCAUUUUUUUUAUUUUAUUUUUAGUACUUUUUAUCAUAUAAAAAAAAAAUGA